AUGGUGGAAUGGACUAGUAAGUCGACCAAGAUUGAGACAUCAAUUAGGUCAACUUACCAAUCAUCGGCUACUUUGCCAACAAUAUCUCUUCCAAAGUUCAGUGGAGAUUAUUUGAGUUGGCGACAAUUCAGUGAUCUGUUUGCACAACUGAUACACAAUCAAAGAAUAUCAGACUCACAGAAACUCUGGUAUUUGAAAACCAAUAUUCAAGGCGAAGCUGAAGCACUCAUCAAGCAUUUGCAAAUAUCAGAUGCAAAUUAUGAGACGGCAUGGCAAUUACUACAAAGUAGAUAUGAGAAUAAAAGAGUUCUAGUAUCAGCAGUUUUGCAACGUUUGACAGCUCAAAACUCUUUAUAUGACCAUCCAACAGUCCAAGCCAUUAAAAAUAUGCAUGACACAACAAAGGAAAGUCUAUGUGAACUUCAUAAUUUAAAUAUUGAAACAUCAACUUGGGAUCCAAUUUUAGUUCACAUACUAUUAAAAAAAUUGGAUAAAAAUACACAUUGCAGUUUUGAACAAACUCUUACCAACCCAAAGGAGAUGCCCACAAUAAAACAAUUCUUAGAAUUUUUAGAAUUGAGAUUUCAGUCACUUGAGGCUAUAGUCUAG